AUGGUAAAAGAGCCUUACAUACAAGGAGGUCGCCUCCAACUGCAGAUAUCUCUAUUCAACGACGAGAAAUCCUCGUUCAUAUGCACUGCUCUCAUCCGCAAGGCAUUUACCCCUUUCACAAAAUGCCAGGUCUUACUCGUCGAAAUCGAGGAUGUCCCUGUCAGAGCUGGCUUCCCCAAUCCACUAAUAGCGAAAAUAUUCGACCCUCGUUUCAACUACGAGCGCACAAACCCACUCCCAAGACAAUGUCCCAUCCCUUGGUCUGCUGCGAAUGAAAAGGCCGCAGCUGACCGUCGUGCACUCGCACCGGGCGACAACUAUAGCAGAGUCCCUCAGUGGGAGAGAGAGUUUUUGGACGGUUCAUUGUGGGAAGAAACCUAUUACUGCGAGUAUGAGGAUUUGUUUGCACGUGAAGUCGAAUCCUACAGACGCCUUGGACACCUUCAAGACUCUACCAUCCCCCGGCUCUAUGGUUCUGGUCGAGUCGUUUCAGGCCACGGUGAAGGUCGCGCCAUAUCUCCACGGGUGCUUUUCAUGGAAUACAUCCCAGGCGAGAACCUCGCAAACACCCAAGACCCCCAUUCAGUCCCUAGUUCAGCAUACCAGGAACUCGUGAAGGCCGUGAGCACCCUCGCGUCUUUCGGUAUCAUCCAUACGAAUAUGCGUCCAAGCAACAUUGUCGUAUCCAACAAUCACCCUAGACGAGUGGUGCUCAUCGACUUUGGGUUGUGUGUAUUUCGUUCUGACGAACCUGAUAACAACUGGAAAGAGGCUGUCAUGUGCGAAGGGGGAUGAGAGGCA